AUGGCUACUAACAUCACCUGGCACGCUGGUCUUACCCACGAAGAACGCGCCACGCUCCGCAAUCAGAAGGGUGCCACUCUCUGGUUCACUGGUCUCUCGGCUUCCGGCAAGUCCACCAUCGCCACAGCUCUCGAGCAGCACCUGCUUUCUCUGGGUCUGCACUCCUACCGUCUUGAUGGUGAUAACAUCCGUUUCGGUCUCAACAAGGAUCUGGGUUUCAGCGAAAAGGACCGCAAUGAGAACAUUCGCCGCAUUGGUGAAGUCUCCAAGCUCUUUGCUGAUUCUACCUCCAUUGCCCUGACUUCCUUCAUCUCUCCCUACCGUGCUGACAGAGACUCUGCCCGCAAGCUUCACGAGGAGGCCAACCUUCCCUUUGUCGAGAUCUUUGUUGACAUCCCCGUCGAGGUUGCUGAGCAGCGUGACCCCAAGGGUCUUUACAAGAAGGCCAGAGCUGGUGAGAUCAAGGAAUUUACUGGUAUCUCUGCUCCCUACGAGGAGCCUCUCAAGCCCGAGAUUCACAUCCAUAACGACAAGAUUUCAGUUGAGGAGGCUGUUCAGCAAAUCACUGAAUACCUUAAGGAGCAAAAGAUCAUCAAUAUUUAA